AUGCAUAAAUUUGUGACUCCAGAAACGUUUGUACAUAAAGUUGAUAAUGAUUAUUUCAUUAAAAAGAAACCCAGUCCUGAUUUAAGAAGAGGGAAAAAGAAAUAAAAUGAAUAAGAUUUUGAACUCUAUCAAAACCUUAAAGAUUUAAGAAACAAUAAUUAAUUAAUACAAAAUAAACAAGGUUCUUUAAAAAUCAUUAAUCCUUUAAGUAAAUAAAUUAAUAUGAUGGAAACUAAAAAAUAAUAACAAGAAAAGAAAAUGAGAGAAACAUAAUUCUAAUUAAAAAAAAAGAGUAUGCUUAAUGAAAAUCAAUAAAAGUUACAAUCUGACUUAAAAAAUUUAGAUAAAAUUAGUGUUAGUGCCUUUAAAGAUUUUAAAGAAUAAGUUAAUCUUUAUAAUAAAUAUUACAGCAAUACUAUUGGAUAAGAACCAGAAAUUAAGGACAUUCAAUAUGAAGACUUAAAUAUUCCUUAUUAAUUUGUAGAUAAUGGAAGUAGAUAUACUUAUAGAGAAAUAUUAAAUCAUGAAAUACCAGAAAUAAAUUAUUAGAAUGAUUAAGCAUAAAAUUUAAUGGAGUAAAUUUUAUAAUACUAUAUAAACUUAGAACAAUUUCUUAAUUGAAAUUUUCAGAUGAAUAAUUGGAGAAUAAAUUAUUAAACUGUUUAAAAUAACAUGUUAUUGUAAGAAAAUUAGAUAAAAUGGAAAAUGAUUUUUUGACUGCAAUAAAAAAUAAUGAUAUAUCAACUUUAAAAUUAAUGUUAAUUUAGGAUGAAACUUUAAUACAAACAAAGGAUUUUGUAAAUUAAAUAUCUAUUUCUAGAUAGGAUAAACAGGAUUGCAUUUAGCUGCUAAACGUAAUUAUUAUGACAUUUGUUAAGAAUUAAUAAAUUAUAAGGUUGAUGUAUUUGCAAUUGAUUAUGUAAAUUAUAAAAUUCAUAUUAGGCAAGUAGAACAGCAAGGUAAAUGGCAGAGAAAUAUAAUUAUUAUAAAGUAGCUAAAUUAAUUUAAAUGGAAGAGGAUUAGCUUAAGAGAAAUUUAUAAUCAUGA